AUGAGCCUCCGACUACUGACACGUGUCGUGGUGACACAGAAACAACACUGCGUGUCCUUCCACACUCUACAGCCACAGUCAUACACCACCACCAAGGGGCCCUAUGAAGAUGUGGAGGAGCCCAAGAAACGGCGGAAGCGGACGGUCAAGAGCGACACGGAGCCCAAGAACACUGACCCGACACUCGCCGAGGCACGUAAACAGCGCACCGUGCCCACAGCGGCUCUCAAUGAAGAAACACAGUCGACGGGGCCUCCUGGAGGAGAGCCUCCUCGACGUGCGGUGGCGCCGGAUAUGACGCCCCGGAAGCUGCUGGCCAAGCUCAACCAGUUCAUAGUGGGCCAGGACCGGUCCAAGAAGGUGUUUGCGGUGGCGAUCUAUAACCACUACCUCCGAAGCGGCCUCCUGAUUGACGAACGACAAUGGAGCGACUACAUGAAACGCAUCAACGCCGCCAAGGGCAAAAUCUCGGACCGCUGGGAAAACACCGACGAACCACAGUCGACAGACUACAUCAACGUGCUCAAGGAGGAGUACGAUGAGGAGACAGAAAGUCAGGUGAUUCCGGACAAGGCCAACUUGCUGGUGGUAGGUCCUUCUGGAUCAGGCAAGACAAUGAUGGCAAAGACUCUGGCAAGUUUUUUGUCGUUGCCAAUUUCCAUUUCAGACUGCACUGCGCUCACCCAAGCCGGAUACGUGGGGGACGACGUUCAAUCGUGUGUUCAGCAGCUGUACCAGGUCUGUGGAGGCGAUGUAGAGAGGUGUGAGCAUGGUAUCAUCGUUCUGGACGAGAUCGAUAAACUGGCCAAACGGGAAGGAUCUGGAAGAGAUGUCUCUGGCGAAGGAGUACAGCAAUCGCUGUUGAAAAUGCUGGAAGGCACUCUUGUACAGAUUUCUGGAACCCCAGGAAGAGCCCAAACCACCGCUGGUCUUCCGGGAGGAGGUUCGGCCAUGCCCAAGGAGAGCGUCACAAUCAACACGCAGAACAUUCUGUUUAUUCUCAUGGGUGCCUUUGUUGGUUUGAGUGACGUGGUGUCAGCUAGAUGCAAUACUUCUUCCGAUAUCGGCUUUGGUGCCCAUGUCAGGCAGACUGGUGAGGAUGAGGGCAAGCAAAAGGACAGUCAGGACAAGCUGGUGACUCUUGCUAACGGCGAAACCGCCAAUGCUCUGGAUUUGAUCACUUCUGAAGACUUGAAAAAGUAUGGUCUCAUUCCCGAGUUGCUUGGACGGGCUCCAACGAUUGUCAAAUUGAAUCAUCUGACCGAGGAGGAUCUAUUGCGAAUUCUGAUUGAGCCCAAGAACGCUCUUGUGGAGCAGUUCCGAGUCAAGUUCAAGUCAUUUGGCACCCGUAUUGUCUUCACCAAGCCUGCUUUACGCAUCAUCGCUAAGACUGCGCUUUCCGAAGGUCUGGGAGCUCGGGGUCUGCAUGCUGUCAUGGAGAAGAUUUGUCUCAAUGCCAAUUAUGAGUGUCCUGGAACUAGCACUAAGUACGUGCUGGUCGACUCGUCGGUGCUCAGGGACUUUUCCAUGACCAACAAUACCAGAGACGUGACUUUGAAGUACUAUUCGCGUGGCCAGAAUUACGUCUUCAUCCAGGAUAUUGCGGAGGAGGAUGCCGCCCUGGCUGAUGAAAUUGAGAAGGAGCUGGCCGAAAGACCUACAGUGAGUAAGAACAGCUCCAAUGGCACGUCGUCGUUUGGAGUUAGGGAGGCGGCUAGGGAUGUGUUUUGA